GCAAGGCGCUAUCUUUACACGCGCAAAUGUUUGCGUGAAGUGGCAGGGUCACCUCGCACUAUUACGUUACCUGGUCAGAGCGGCAACAUAGCGAAAAUUCUAACGCGAAUCUGUUCUAAUCUGUUCUAAAAUUUGACCUCCAGCGUUCAUUACACGGACCCCUUAGGGGUCCAUGAACCACAGAUUAAGAAACCCUGCCGCAGUUUACAUGGUACAUGUAGUCAUCCGAGUAGACGUUUUUCGAUUUUUUUCGAGACUACUCAUAGUGAAAACCCGUCUUGACGACUGCAUUAAUUUUAAAACCUAGCAAUAAAACUUAUGAACCGUAUAGAUUACUUUUAUCCAUUGAAGGGCAGGAUACUUGAAUAUUAAUCAGUCGAAUUGGCUCGCUCGGCCCAUUGAAUCGCUUUACUACUAUUUUCUACUGAUUUUUAAUAUAAAUCGACCGCAAUGGCUUCAAAAAUGUUGAAACUACUAAAAUCCAAAUUUCACCUGCUACAUAGAAGCUACAGCAGCUCAGUUCCAACCAUUAAACUUUACAUUGACGGACAGUAUGUCGAAUCAAAGACCUGCAAAUGGAUUGAGCUCACCAACCCAGCCACAAAUGAAGUUAUUGGCAAAGUACCAGAAGCAACGCCAGGCGAACUGAACGCAGCACUAGAGUCGGCAAAGAGAGCAUACAAAUCAUGGGGCCAAAGCACUGUCAUGACUCGUCAGCAAGUUAUGUUCAACUUCGCACGUUUGUUGCGAGAGAACGUGAGCAAGCUGGCGGCUAAGAUCACAGAAGAACAUGGCAAGACUAUUGCUGAUGCCGAAGGUGACGUACUUAAAAGCAUUCAUGCUGUGGAACACUAUUGCAGCAUCACUAGUCUACAACUUGGCGACAGCAUGCAGAACGUGGCCAAGGACAUGGACACACACUCCUAUAAGACUCCUCUUGGUGUGGUUGCUGGUGUUUCUGCAUUCAACUUCCCCGUACUGAUUCCUACGUCUAUUGUCGCGGCGGCUCUGGUUACUGGCAACACAUGCAUCAUCAAACCCUCAGGGCAUAACCCUGGCGCUAGCCUCAUGACCAUGGAGUUACUGAAGGAAGCCGGCGCCCCUCCUGGUGUUGUCAACGUAGUCCACGGCAAGCGUGAUGUAGUGAACUUCCUGUGCGACCAGCCUGAUAUUAAGGCGAUAUCGUUUAUCGGCGGAGACGCGACUGGCAAGUACAUUUACGAGAGGGCCUCUGCUGCAGGCAAGCGCGUACAAUGCAACAUGGGUGCGAAGAACCACGGCGUCAUAAUGCCCGACGCGAACAAGGAGUACACGCUAAAUCAACUGACGCGCGCACCUUUCCAAGAAACUGGCCAGCGUUGUAUGGCGCUUGGCACCGCCAUUUUUGUUGGCGAAGCUAAGGAAUGGAUCCCAGAACUGGUGUCCCGCGUUCAAACGUUGAAGGUGAACGCGGGCCAUGUACCUGGCACCGACGUGGGACCUGUCAUCGCCGUUGAAGAUAAAAACAGAAUCCUCCGGCUCGUCGAGACUGGUGUAAAAGAAGGCGCUAAGAUCGCUUUAGACGGACGCAACAUCAAAGUAUCCGGUUUCGAGAAAGGCCACUUCAUCGGACCGACCAUCCUCACAGGCGUUCAACCCAGCAUGGAAAUCUACAAAAAGGAGAUCUUUGGGCCUGUCCUCAUUUGUUUAUUCGUCGAUACCCUUGAUGAUGCCAUUAACAUGAUCAACAGCAACCCUUAUGGUAAUGGAACCGCAAUCUUUACCACAAACGGAGCAACGGCAAGAAAAUUUGCGUCAGAGAUCGACGUUGGUCAAGUAGGAGUAAAUGUACCUAUCCCAAUUCCACUAUUUAUGUUCUCGUUCUCUGGUACACGAGGCAGCUUUUUGGGAACCAACCACUUUGGCGGUAAACAAGGUAUUGACUUUUUCACUGAAUUGAAAACGGUCGUUUCAUACUGGAGACAGAGUGAUGUAUCUCAUACAAAAGCUGUUCUCUCCAUGCCCACUCAACAGUAGAUUAUAAGCAGCUAUAUAUAGGGUAUUACAAAAUUGUUCAAAGAGCAUUCCACCAAGACGGAUGACCAGACGGACUACCGUCUGCCUGUUUGCAUAUAUAACUUUUCUAUAGAAAUUUAUAAAUAUGCCCUUUACCUAUAUGAAUGCGUAUUAUUUAUUGCCUUAGGAUAUAAUAUUUAUAAACAGUAAUUGACAAUAGCACAUUUUUCCAAUGCGCCCUUUAUAAAAUUUGUUUUUUUUUUAAAUAAAAAAUAAGUGCGCAUUUGAUUUCCAUCUCACCUGAUGGGAAGUAAUGAUGGAGCAUGCACACCUAAAUAAUGCCUAUUCACUCUCGCCUUAAAAAGGUCUAAAUUCAGGGAGCAGGUCUGCAGGCAGAGAAUUUCACUCCACAGCCGUUCGCCAUAUAAAUGAGGAAGCGAAGCGCUUCGCGCGAAUCCUUGCAACGCCCACAAUAUACGGGUGGAACCCCAGCCUACGCCUGGUCCCCCGAUGAUGGAAAGGGGAAGUCGGAAUUAAUUGGUACAAUUCCCUCGCGCACUCCAUGAUGUAUCCUGUAGAAUACCGAUAAGCAGGCAACUUUACGGCGAUGUUCAAGGCUUUGCAGCAUCGCCUCUACUAAUUCUGAGUCACCUAUAAGCCUCUUGCCACGCUUGUCGAUUGAAUGCAAGG